AUGACAAAGCAAAUCGACGAAUCUUCUUCCAAUGAUACAGAUUCGCAAAGAGAUAGUGCAGCAACUAAUAUUAAAUCUAAUGACCAAAAUAGUCCCUCUACUGUUAACAAUGGCUCUGAUACUAGCAACAAAAACACCUCUAGUUACAAUAAUCCUGACGCUAAGGAAACUUUAAAUCCUACUGAUGCUAGCUGUAAUUCUGAUGACGAUAGUUCUAAGGAUGUUACUAGCCGCAAUACUGACGAUAGUUCCAAGGAUAAUACCGGCUGCAAUUCUGACGAUAAUUCCAACCCUGACGAUAAUUCCAAGGAUGCUACCACCUACAAUUCUGACGAUAAUUCCAGAUGUCCACACUUACAGUUAAAAAAUAUUAAUUAA